UCUCUCUGCCCGCUGCCCGCCGCUCCCCGUUGACUUCCUACCCUAAGUGGGCUGGCCAUGACCACAGAACUAUAAAGGGCCUGGCUCCAACGCCCACCUUGAACUGCGUAGCGUAGACGCUGCUCGCUGCCGGGGUCGGGAUCCUUGGCCGCUGCUCCUCUGACCAGUUCGAUUCCCUCUGCCGGACCGAUGGCCGCCAAGAAAGCACUGAUAGUUCUGGCUCACUCAGAAAAGACAUCCUUCAACUAUGCCUUGAAAGCAGCUGCCCAGGAGGCUUUAAAGAAGAAGGGCUGGGAGGUCACAGUGUCAGACCUGUAUGCCCUGAAUUUUAAUCCACUGAUCUCUAGAAAGGACAUCACAGGUGGCCUAAAGGACCCUGACAACUUUAAGUAUCCAGUUGAAUCUGUUCAGGCUUACAAGGAGGGGCGGCUGAGCUCGGACAUUGUCGCCGAACAGAAGAAGGUAGCAGAUGCGGAUCUCGUGAUAUUUCAGUUUCCAAUGCAGUGGUUUGGAUUGCCUGCUAUCCUGAAGGGUUGGUUCGAUAGAGUUUUCAUUGGAGAAUUUGCCUAUUCAUACGCCACCAUGUAUGAUAAAGGGCCCUUUAAGAACAAGAAGGCUGUGCUCUCCAUCACCACUGGAGGGGCUGGCUCCAUGUAUUCACUGUUGGGUGUCCACGGGGACAUGAAUGUCCUUCUCUGGCCAAUCCAGAGCGGCAUUCUGUACUUCUGUGGUUUUCAAGUCUUGGAACCUCAGCUUACCUACGGUAUUGGGCACACACCAGCAGAGGAACGGCUUCAGAUUCUGGAAAGAUGGAAAAAACGCCUGGAAAACAUCUGGGAAGAGAAGCCGCUGUCCUUUGCUCCAAGCAGCUACUUUGAUUUGAAGUCAGGGUUCUUGUUGAAAAAAGAAGUUCAGGAAGAACAAAAAGACAAGAAAGUUGGGCUUUCUGUUGGUCACCACUUAGGCAAAAGCAUCCCAACUGACAACCAGAUCAAAGCCAAGAAAUAGGACACCACAAAACUCAUUCUCUUCUAAGAAUUUAUCGAAUCAUCUGAUUUCAUUUUUAACGUCUUCUUGCCCUGACCCUUUAGGACUCUCUCCAAAUCUAUUUUGAGGGACUGAGUGAGGAUGACAGUUCAAUGGCACUCAAAAGCUUCUAGAUAUUUUUUGUAAUUGAGUUCUUAACUUUAGCAGGUUCUAAGGCUUGUUCCAUGGGCUGGCUAAACCUGAUGUAGUCCCCAGUUCUUUUGGUUACUUGGAUUUUACGAAUACAGUAUGUCCAACACUGGAGAUUAAAUAGAAUUGUUCUUGUUGCAGAACAAGAGUUGGAAUUUAUGCAGAGCAGGACAUCAUGUAUGUAUUUUAAAAUUUAAAAAAAGUUUAUUCACGUGAGUGUUUUCUUAAUUUGAAAAGGAGCUAGCCUACAAUAAAUGAAUGGUACCAAGAAAAAGCAAAACUAGGUAAACCUUUCUUUGCCAUGGAUAUUUGUGUCUGAAAUCCUAUCCUCAACCCAUUUAUGUUUCAAAGCCUCCAAGGUAUUUAAUUGAUUUAUAGUCACUUGAUGGUAGGUUCUAACCUUCUGUAUAACAGGGGAUAUGAUUUUUAAGUUUCACUGUAUUUGUAAUUCAGGGGUGUCAGGCUCCCUCCCUCACCUUUCAAAUUCAGUUUUUUUUAAUUGGACCUCCAUCUUUUUUUCAUUGAUGAUUAGGUUCAGGUUUGCAGAAUGUCAUCUUGGUUUGUAUCUUUAGCUCCUUUGCUUUUGCUAAUAUAUAUUCCAUUCCCUUCUGUGGUUUUUAGUUGGUGCAGAAUUGUCUUGUAGUAUUUGAAUUUCAUUUUCUUUAGGCUUGAAGGUCUUUCUUUUGGUUGUUUGCAGGAUUUGUUGCUCGCCAUCAGAAGUGAACUGCUCAAUUUAACCACCAUGUGCCUUGGAGCAGGAUAGGUUUGUUUGUUUAUUUGUUUUCCUGGAGGUGAUUCUGUGGAUUCUUUUAUUGGUGCUUUGUUUUCUAUGGUGAGAAGUUCUGGGUAGAUUUCUUGUAUUAUUUCUUGCAUUAUGGUAUUCAGAUUUUUGACUUGUCAUUUUCUUUUCAGAGAUUUAUGAUUCCUUAGUUCUUUUUACAUAUGCUAUAUUCAAAGUCAAUAUAUUUAGCUUGUAUGGCGAUCAUGUAUUCUUUUAAUGUUAUCUUUUUUCUUAAAUUACUUUUUCUAGAUUUUUUUUUGCUUAAAUAUAUUUUUAUUCCUAAUCAGUUCCUCUCUUUUUUGCUUCUUUGGAGAGACUUGACAUCAUGGAUUCAGGUUUUUCUACUUUCCUAAUUAUUUUGGCCGUGCAAGCCAUAAAUGCUUCCAUUUGUUCCCUUUUAAUUUUGUCUUUCCAGAUUCUUACUUCCUUCUUAAACCAUGUGGGACCAUUCUGGUGCAGUUCCAUGCUUGUAUAGGAACUCACAGGGUCCUCUGUCUCGUCUGGUGUUGGGCCAAUUUCCUUUGUCUCCCAAUACUUAUUUAGGGAUCUUUGUAGUUACUUAGAUGUCUUUGUGGCUGUUAUUCCUUCUAUUUUAAUAUGUUCCCCAUAGUUUUAUCUUUUGUACUCUAGAUUUUAAACUGAGGUUUCUUGUUAUGAAGAUCAUUUUAUUUUUAUGUUUUGGUCUUUUCCCCCUCAUAUUUCCCCUUUGCUCACAUUCUCUCUCCUUCCCCUUUAAUGGAAGGUACCUGAAGGCUGGACCUCAAGGUUGUCUCAGUUUCCUCUCAUAGUUGGGAAAUUCAUUUUUUACCUCUCAUUCUCAUGGGUGGACAAAACUAGAUGGUGGACAAAAGGAAGAUGCCAGCUCCCUUUCCUUUAGGCCAGGUGUGGCAGCCCUUCACACACACUAACACUCUGACCCAGUUUUUUCUCAUUUCAUUUUCUGGCUGAGUGCUGCUGCCCAAGACAGAGUGUGCUCCCACCUUUCUAUACUUCCUCCUCCUCUGCAAGUGGGGAGUUAGAGUUUAGGUCUGCUGUUUGUUGCUGCAGAAUGGUGGGGUCAAGGGAGGGGCAGGGUGUCCUGAUAAAGAUGACAAAAUCAGCAAGGCCAUUUCUGAGUGAAUUCCAGUGCAUAAAUAGAUGGGUCCAGUUGUGAAACCUGUCAGAGCAUGGGGGCUGGUGGGAAAUAGGGUGCUGAGUGAGCAUGUUAGGAAUUAAUUUUCUUUGCUAUUAAUUCAUAAGGCUGUUAAUGUUGUGCAGAGUUCUUAGCCCCUUGGCUUGCAGAGAGAGCUGCAAUUGUUUUGCUUCUUGAUCAUAACUCUUAGUUUGGGAAAAUUUUAAGAGGGAAGACUGAAGAAAAUGUCUAGUUCAUUUGGUUGGUCAUAUGAUAAAGACAUCCAAAUCUCAGCAUUAGGAAGGCCCUUAGUGAUUGAUUAUCUAGGCUAGAAAUGUUUUUGAAUUAAAUUUUUUUUAAUCCACAAAAAUCCGCCUUCUCUCUCUACCACUCUUC